UGCUAUACUGCAUUUUGCAAGGUUUUCCGAUUAACUUAUGACUGUACAGAGAUGCAGGAUGGAAAUUUAUUAAAGAGAAACACAUUCAGACGAAUAAAAUUGCUUUUACGUUUGUAAAAGUUCGCCUACGUGUACCAAUCCACGGACACAAACCUAUAGUGUUGUGCGUGCCUCACCAAAAAAAAUAAAAAAUAAAAAACAACAUAAAAAAUCCUAAACAUAGUGAACUACAAAUGGAAACUACACUUACAUACCUUUUCUAAAAGUCAAAAAUUAUUCUAAAAUAUUAUUAAAAAAAAAAAAACGGCGUAUCCAGACCAAACAAUGAAACGAUUUACGCAAGUCAACCAACAUCGAUGAAGUGAUUGAAUCGAAAUAGGCAGAAGUCAAACUGGCAAAUGGUCGAAUCGACCGACUCCUAGUUCCAUAACUCCCUGCUCCAGCGCUUCUAUCAGGUAUGAAUGAUUGAGGUAUAUGUAUAACUUCCUCUAGGCUGCAAACACCCGCUUUCCACCCUGAAUACAAGUUUGAGCCCUCAUCUGUAUCAACAGAGAGCGACCAGAUCGAUAAUUAUUAAGUCAGUACAACUUUUUAAAACUUACGUUCGUGUGAUUGCGAACUUGUUUAGUACAAUAGACUACGCGAUGGACGCAUAUUAUUACCACUGCCGGUUGUGACAGCAUAUUAUUGUACUCCCAGAAUGUGUCCUUGCUGUGAUAGCCACACUCAUGCCUGCACGACAUCCUGUUUCUGUCUGUCAUGCGCAGUCAGGACUCGCUGUAGCCAAUCAGCGACAAGCAGACGCGAGCAUGGUGGGGAGACGUCUGCCCGUGUUCCUUCGUCGUCUGCGCUUUUAAACACGGCUAAAAAUGUGUGGGAGGAUCGAUGUCGUGCGACGUAUUAGCAUACCCCGUAUAAGUAAAGGCACUUGAGUGUGACGCGCAGAUCAGUUUGUUGUGCUGAAACUGCAGAAAGGUCUGUGGAAUAACACGUACAGCUACAAGCAGACGUAGGACGAUUGAUUGUAAUGGAGAAACUUCCAGCCUAGUGACUGUCAACUACUGUCGUCUUGUGUGUCCCACACAGUGUAGUCCUACACAUCGCCUUCAGUUGAUUGUCCCACACAGUGUAGUAGUAGUUCAUCGCCUUCGGUUGAUUGCCAGGCACGCUGUACCCGCCCUGUGGUGUGUCGUGUGUGCAAGAUCCAAGCUGUGUGCAGGGUAUCGGCAUUGUCCAAACAACAGCGGAGUGUCGACAGGACACAGGGUGUACUCAUCGCCUUUCCUCAGUGGAACCGUGUACAAGUCGCUGGCUCAGGCAUUGAAGACCGCGAGCCUAGUAAGCGGUGUGGAUGAGACGUUUUUCUGAACACGAUGUCCACGCCACCUUUGUCAAAAUGAAAGCGAGGCAGUGAUAUCACCAAACGCCGUUACUACCAUAACGGCAUCAGCAUCACUUCUUGCUCAGCGCGUUGUCGUGAUCGAAAGCAUAUCUUCUUACAGAAAACCGGAACCCACGUGUGCGUGGGUGUGUCCGCUGAAGAGGACAGCGUCUCUAAGUCUAUCCAGGAAGUAAGGGAGCGUCGGAUGCAGCUUCCACAACGGGUGGCACGACAGAUGCGAGGAUGGGAUCGCUUUCGUGGGAUGGGCGCAACAUCGAGGACUUGCCGGCAGAGAUGCUGCAGAUGGCUGUGUCGCGUUUCCCGCGCACCGUGCUGGAGGAGGCGGCCAGCCGUCUACACGGGGUCGACGCCAUCGCUAGCGGCAACUGGGCUGUUGUAGCGGAGAAGCUCGGCUAUUGUGACAACUCGCAGCUGGACCGCUUCGCACGGCAGGCGCAAGUAAACCGUACCUUCCCGGGACUUCUGAUGCUGCAGGAGUGGAGCCGCGCGCCCGGAAGUACGGCCUACGUCCUGCUCAACGUCCUUACGUGACGCUGGUCGUGAGGACGUACUGCUCAUGGUGGUAGAUGCGCUGUACAAUGUUCACUACAUGCUGCUCUCAGUUAUGGUGGAAGAUCAGGUCACCAGAGUGAAACGAUUUCUGCGUGUACGUACGAAAAAAACCUCGACACUUGCAGCAUCUUUGGAGAAUGAACUUCCUGGUUUAUCUUGUUAUACCAUAGCUGGGCCCCGAAAUGGAAUAAGCUUCCAGACUAUAGCAGAAGAGUUACAGGGCAAGCAGCUGACUUUAAAAAGACAUAUUGAUCCUCAAGAAGAUAGUGUAGAGCAAAUUUAUGGAACCCCUUUAAUUAGCCGCCCACUCACUCAACCAUCCACCAGAAAUAAUCAAACAACAGUAACAACUGCGGUGACUUCAACAACAACUGCAUCUUCCCCAACCAGCAGUAAUACACAAACCACCACCAGCCAGAUGGUUUUCAACAUCUUGCCAACUGAACGUAUUUCUGGACCUAAGAAGCAGCAAGGGUCAGCCCAGCCCACCAUCAGUGUCACAUUCCCCAAAGUUCCUUUCUCAAGCACAGUGCAGCUGGACAUGAACAUGCCAGAGGGGGUUCAGUGGGUGAACAACUUGUCUCGUCAAGAUUCACCUGGUCGUGGAAAUGGGAUUGCAAACCACCGUCCCUGCUCACCAUGCCGACCUCCACAAGAUGUGGCCAUGGCAACAACCUGCAACAACCUCAUGCGCAUGUCCCCUGCUGUAGAUCACAGAAAUGCAGGAUUAACAUGCAACAAUCUUCAGUGCAUGCUCCCUGCUGGCAAACUUGAAAACACAGGGACAGUCUGCAACACUCUUCAGUGCACACCUCCUGUUGGAGAUGGAGAAUGUGGAAAGAAACUUAAAAUUGACAAUCUAGGGCUCACUGCAAGGGACUUCACUCAACAUUCACUAAUGUCUUUUCAGGAAAUGAACUUUCCGCUUCUGACCAUGGACACAAGGGAUAGUAAUGACAUCUAUCCUGAAGAGGCACCUGCUCCAUGCCAGAGGCAGCAAUCAAUGGGAUCAUUGAAUCCCAUAGAGCUGACAGUGCCCAAAGAACUUAGCUUGUCCGACUCCUUGGAAGGAUGGACACCAGUAAAACAGCCGCAUGAAAAGGUUGAGGAUGAGCGCAAAGUUUUUCCUGAUGGUAUGAGGCAGCACCCACGUGGUAUGGACAACAUUUUAUCGCCUGAGCAUGGACAUGGUAGACAUGGAUUGCUCAAUAAUUUGUUUUCGUCAACCUUUGCAAAGUGCGUGACGACAUCACAGUCAGACUACAUUCCACAUGACCACCCUCUUGUCUUUCAGAACAGAAGGCCCUGCAGUCCCCUGUUUACUUCUGGAGGUUUGCCAGCAGCUACUUCAAAAAUAGAACCAAUGUUUGAGAAAUCAAACAUAAAACUGCCAGGAAAGUCAUCUCCCUUGUUUCAAAGAAAAGUUGUGGAAUGCAACAGGAGCCUGAACAAAGUGCAACGGGCAUGGCUCUUGUUUUUCAUGAUGUCCAGACAACUGAUUAUGUUCCACACCAUUUCAUCGAGGAUCAGUCAAAGAUGAUGAUGAAUAAAAAUGCUUCUUCACCAGGUGCUGUAGACACCAACAAGACCAACUCUCCUGCAGCCUUGGAUCUUACACAAACACCUCUCAAGCCUUUGCAGGAAAAGAUGGAAUACCUACCUGUAGAUAAUGCUCAUAAACUCACAACUCUGGCUUCAGAAAGCUGUGGUCCCACUCCCUGUACAUACACUUGUCCAUUUAUUGGGCCUGAUGUGUUUGAUCCCAAUCAGUUUAAGUAUUGUCACAGUCCUACAAACCCUGCUGGUGUGCCUCUUUCAGAUCCCUUGUCAUUGUUACCAACAACAGGCAACUGGCCCAAGAGUGAGAGUAUGGACCUUGAUGAUGGGUACAUAGCGUUGCCAGUGGGUGGAGCUUCGCCCUAUAUACAUGCAAUUACAUCUUUUGGAAGCAGCAGCUUAGAUAGGAGUAUUUCCUGUGGCAUGAAUGAUGGUAGCUCAGAAUAUUCCAGUACACUACCAGCUCACAGCAGAAAUGCAUCAGCACCAGAGCUUUGCUCAAUGUCACAGGAGAUAGUGUCACCAUCUUCUUUGCAUGAUUGUCUUCAGGCCAGGAGUCGCAAGCCUAUCAUGCAGGAUUUCCCAACAUCCAUCCUGGACACAGAGCAAGAUAUGUCCAGCAGCAUGUCUUCACCAUUCUUCCGAAGAGGGAGUGAUGCCAGCAUUCAAGUCCGCCCAAGCUCCAAAGCACCGUCCUCGCAGUCUUUGGCAUACAGCAGGAGCUAUGACACCAUACCUGCUGAUGAUAACCAGAGCCAGAGUCUGGAUGCACACAAAGCCCGGUGCCAGGCGCCGUCGAGUCACCCAGAGCCUAUGCAGACACCAGCGUCUAAGCCACCUUCCUUGGAAAUAGGAAUGACCGAAGUUCCUGGGUGGUGUCCAGGUGUAACUGACCGCACGAUCAAUCAGAUCAUGUCAAAGUACAUCAAUGACGAUGGCAACUUCAUAGUUUGGUACUACUCAGCCAGAAAGACUCAUGUCAUUACAGUCAGCCACAUGGGAAUUCGUCACUAUGCAGUGCACAACAAGACAGUGGCAGGGGAUCAAGCAGUCUUUUACAUUUUUGAAGGUGGGUUUGAGUCCACCAGUCUGGCAUCUCUUAUCAAACACUACAUGCGCAAUGGCCUGGCAGAACCUGCAAGCACCAUGCUAGUUCAUGGCGUAAACGACCCAACUAAGAAGUUCACCACACCAGAGGAAUCAUCGGGCAGCAGAGGUUCCAGAAACCGCCUGUCUCAUGUCAAGCUGAAACGUCCACUGGUUGUACGAUAUGGGAAUUCUGCUGUUAAAAAGUAGUCAGAACAAACCAAAAAAUAAGAUUUUGUCUACACCACAUCUCCCUGCAGUAUUUUGUCUACACCACAACUGCCUGCAGUAGUUUGUAAAUAGUCUUGGUUUUGCAGGUGGCUGAGAUCAUGGUGUAUGGUGUAGCCAAGAUGGUGUUACAUGCGUGUGUGGAGUUCUAAACUGAAAGUCCUUACCUUGAUUUAUCACAGCCUUAGAGAUUUUAUAUGCUUCAAAGAAAAACAAAAUGCAUUCACUAGCAUAUUCAGCAAAUUGGAAUGAUGCUAGGAGCCCUCUAUGUAGGUUGAUGGACAUUUGAUGGUGUUUCUCCUAUAGUUUUAACUGUACAAUGCUAUUGUCUGGAAUGAGGGUUAUCACCGCUGACUGUGUAAUGGUAAGUGUGAGUGGACCAGGGCUGUCGCCUUUAGCUAUCUGUAUGUAUGUGCAGUAGUCAGUACGAGCUGCAGAAGAGCAUAUAACUAAACAAAGUGUUCACAGGAGUGCGAGUAUUUUUUGUGAAGUGGGGUUGUACCAUUCCCUAUUAAGCUGUUGUGGUAGAAAGACGCUUUGGAAAUAUGCGUGAGAGAGAAUGUGGGAAUGGUGCAAUUCUUUGCCGAGACAAGGAAUUACGUGUGAGGACUGUCAGCCAAGGCGGUAUAAUGUCGAAACUUCCCUGUAAGUUGGAUAUGGUGCUGAAGUGGUCUUCAGGGGUGCACAUUACAAAUUCAGGGGAGAACAGGAGGAACCUCGUGUCUUCCCACCCAUGAGAUACGCCAGCAGAGCAGUGUCCGGCUGGAACCAUUCUGACCAUUUUUUGAAUACUGGAUGGAGAGGUUUUUCUUUAUCGUCAGGGGUUUACCACAAUGCAUCACUGAAUGGUGUUCUUUUUAGUGUUGUGUCUUUUUUUGUGUGCAAAGGGAAGUAACCAUGGAUUAAAGUAAGAAUGUGGUGCCUAAGUGUUCAAGAAAGGACUACAGUUGAAAGUAAGUGCUGAACUAUCCGAUUGUAUUUUCAUUGAAUCUUUAUUGACAUUGAACUUAUCUUGAACCUAGUUCAAUUUGAAACCGACAUUGAACUUUUCUUGGACCAAAUUACAUUUGAAACUGUGGAUACUAUUAUCUGACAGGGUGGUUGUGCAGGAAUUAACGAGUGCGAAUCACUAGUUGGAUAACUCACACUAUGUUUGAUCAGUCUGGAGUUUAUGUAUUUGUAGCAGAGAUAAUUGAAAUGUUCUGUCUCUGAUAUUUUGGUACCCUUAUUUUGGAGAGGAUUUUGUUUUGCUUUGGUUUGGAUUAUGUUUUGUUUCCCUUCUCAACAGCAACAAAAAAAAAAAAGAUAAACCAAACCCCUAGAAUAGAGAACGGGAAGCCAAUGGACAGGUCUUUUGAUUUGUAGAGAGAAAGAACGCUUGUGGACACAGUGUUUGGAGGUGUGCAUUGUUGUGUUCAUGAUAGCUAUGCAGUAUCUGCAAUUAUGUAUUUUUGCAGCACCAUGCAGCAUCUGCAAGUCUAUGCUUGGAAAAACUAUGCAUUGUUUGCAAUUCCAUGUUCUAGAGAAGUUACAGAUUUUCUUACAUCUUGAAUAUUUUACUCAGUGUAUGUUCUGAGCUUAGGUGUGUCAGGGAAUGAGAAGGGAGAAAGUGCUGCUUGUGAAGCUGUUGGUCUCUCUUAUAAACAAAGUUCCCAGCUGGCUGAGGAUCCCAAAUGGCUGAGAAGUCCAUGGAUAAUUUAGAUUUACAGUGGCAGAUAACUAAGACAGUUGUUUGUGCACAUUGUCUCAGACAGAAAACUAAAUUGGAUGUUUUUACUUCUUGUAGAGUAAGCAGGAUAUGUCAGAUGUGCUGGAAAUGUCGAAUAUAUCAUGCAAGAUCUUCUAUUUUCGUUUCAUACAGUGAACUCACUGUUGGCUAUGAUGUUGUGAUUAUCUGUUGGUAAAAAAAUGAGUCCUAAAUGGACUUAAAAAGCUGACACCAAAUUAAUGUUUAGGCAUAUGAACAGCACCCCUUGGCCUGUAAAAAUGCCCAGUGCCAUGAAAAGAAAAAGGAAAGCUACAAGCCGAUUAACAGGAGUAGCCAGCCAGGAAACUGGUUAUGUAUGAUAGAGUGGGCAAAAACCAUACAAAAGUCCUCAUCCUGAGAGCUCUUUUUAUAAGACUUAACCUUUCCAUUAGGACUUGGUACAAGAGGGCAGGAAAAAAAUGGAAACCUAAAGGACUUUUAAAGAUGCAGGCACUGAGAGCCAGAAAACUGAUCUGGAAAGCUGUUGCUGUAGAUUUGCUGAAGUGUGGAACUCUCAAACACGAAUUUCAGAUGUGUUGGACAAACACAAAAAAGUUCUUAAGAAGUGGUAAUUUUUGUGUUUUGUUUGUCAGAUUAAUACAGCACAAUGUAUUACAGGAAAGACUUCUUUUUCUUAUCAUUGUAAUUUAUUGUGUGAGUAGAUUAUGUGUUACAAAUGUGUAAAUUGGCAAGGGGAGAAUGCUGAUGAAUUUGGUGACAAUUAUAUCACAUUUUUACCCAUGAUCUCUUUUUUUGUUUUUUAUUUUUGAUUCUCAACAUUUUUGCUCAACACUUUUAGCAUACCUAACACCUCUUCUUCGCACUUUGUGUCAUGAUUGACCAGCUUGUGCUUGUUCAUGGUACAUAGAAUAUGAGAAAUCUUUCAGCUUUCUGUAAAUACCUUUCACCUGCUGAUUUGAAGAUUGUAUAUUUAAAAAUGUUAUUUUCUUAUUAUGGCAGCUUAAUGCUUUUAAGGAGGCUCCCUACCUUGAAGAUUAUUACACUUCAUUAUGGAGCAGAAGGUUACUGGUUUAAAACCUGCUCAGACCAGCAUAGCUGGAAAACUCCAUGUCCAGCCAGCAGCUUUUCGGUUGAAAAGAUUACCUCAUUUAUCAGGGAAGGUAUAUAAAGCAGGAUGAGCAUAUCACAUACUGAGCCCUACCACAGUAAGCCACUUACUGUCACUGACCCUUAGAGCCACUAAGCUGUGGGGGCUCUUUAUGCUUCUUUACUGUAAGUUCAAAGGAAAGAUGUGCUUUCUCUGUGAUAAAAUGUCUGUGUUUGCUCAUCUUUGUAAGCAGUGUGUCAUCUUAAUUUUGGAAGAGGAUUAGUUUGUUAGCAAUUACUUUUAUGGGGCAUAAUACUAAGAGAAUGGCAACAUAUAUUUAUAGGAUUAGGCAGGUCAGGUAGCACAUUCAUUGUGACUCUACAGUCCAGUUCUUCUGCAAGGCCGUGAAUAUCCACAAAGCAGUAAAAAUGUUAGGGAGAUGCUUCUUUGGGCCAAGAUUUGAGCAUUUGAAACAUUCUGCAUUUAGUAUUUGCUUUUGUUUCACCUCUUGGUACUUUUGAACUGAGAGUGAUAGGCUUUUUCUAGGAUGCUUAUUGCUCUUCUGGGCUAGGUUAGAAAAUUACAAAUACAUUAAAAUUAAUUUCCCUUUUUUUCAACCAAGCUGGAGUUUUACAGAGAGCUGUGCAGUUGGCCUUUAUGGUCCUGGCCUCUGUCAGAACCUUGAAACUCUGUCCUUUUCUGUGUCAUAAAUAAAGAGAAUGAUAGUGAGCAGUAUGCAAUAGACUGGUCAUCCAUUAUGCUUGUCCAGCAAGUUUAAUAGACCAGUUCCACUGUAAGCCAGUAACAUUCCUACGCACUAUGCAUGUUCAUGAUAAAUGUGAACUUCCACACAACCACAGAUCAAGUGAGAGUGAUGUCCCUUCACCUAACUGGCUUGAGGGGUCUGUUCUCAUAAUUUCAUAUUUUUGUCUCAUUGCUGACUUGACUUUGUUGUCUCCUGCUGCCUUGUGUUUGAUUAUUCUGUGACUGCACUCAGUCAUUUCCACCUGUAGGCCACAUCUUUCGCUAAUGGUCUCUGCAGUGUUUUAUUAAUCUUGGUCAUCUUAUUUAUUUUUUGUUGUUGUUGCUUGUGGAUUACUUGUUUCUAUUUCUCUUCCAUUAUAACUUUUUGUUUCUGUGGAUCAUCAGCUCCUCAUAUUUUUCUCAUCUCAGACCUUGUGUUUAAUGGCUACAUUUUCAGAUACAGGCUUAUAUCUUGGAUCUGUGCAUAUUUAUUUUGCCUCUUGCUCUGUGGACUUUCUUGAUUAUAUUGUGAUAAAUCAUACUUUUUUGGUUCCGGCACUGAUGACCUUAUGCCUUUAGCAGUUUUUCUAAACCACUGUGAGCCUGCCUUAAUACUGAAGAAAGGAGCUGUAAAAAUAACAUUGUCAUCAUCAUCUGAUUGCACUUACUGUGAUGUUACUAUUUGUCAGGUUUUGAUGUGCACAUCAAAGGGACUUGAUCAUUUUGUGAUCAUUAAUAGCCACAUAUCAAAAAAUGUUUUGAAUCUUUAAAAUGAUGAUUGCAACAAAGAAUCAGGACCCAAUGACACACAGAACAGGAAAUAGUUUAAAAGAAUGUUUAGCUAAUUAUUUUAAUUCUUAAUUGUAUGCAUCAUUUCAUGAUGAGGAUGGCUGGCUCCUUUCAUUUGAGGGUGACCUUGUGAGAGCAGAUGAAUCUCUAGUGGACUUGUUCAAGCAGAUUGAUUUGGUUUCUGAAGGAUUUUGUGCUUCAUAGAAAACUGAGAAUGACAUCUACUUUGUACAUACGUAUUACUGUAUCAGUCCACUAGGUGACAUGCUAUUUGACAAAGUUUAGUUACUAGAGUAAUCUGAUGUGCUUUCUGUGCAAUUUCUAAUCUUUGCACCGUAUUGCCUGGGAAUGAUGAUUGCUCUAGACACAGCUAGUCAAGGUCUUGGGUGAGAGCUGUUGUGAGAAGUUUAUUGGACAAGUACUGGUGUGUUCAACGUGGUAUGGCCCUCGGCUGUCAAACUUCAAAUGAGCCUUAGAUAUUUCCUUCAGUAGUUUAUAGUUCUUGUGAAAGAAUGUUUCUUAUCGUUGACUUUUUGUAAAUAAUGUUACUUUUAGUGGUGACAUGUCCAUAAGAUGCUAUUUGUUGUUAUUGAAUGUUAGUGCAAGAUUCAUGUUCAUAAGAUGCUGCUUGUUCUAAUUGAAUCAUAAUGUUCAUGUCCAUAUGAAACAAGCAAAAGAUUACAUCUUCAAAAUUCCUGUUGGUUUUUUUUUUUAAUAAGGCCUAAAAUGUUGGUGUAAAAUUAUGACAUAAUAAAUUUCUCUCCACAUUGUUA